AAAUAGCAUACAUCAAAGUUAUGGAAAAAUGAGGAUUUGGGCUUUCCAAAAAGGAAGUGUUUUCACUUAUUGGCCGAUACGUAAAAGAAAAUAACAUUCAGACUCCAUUCAAAGACGGCAUCCCGGGUGACGACUAGGUACUUCAUAAGAUUUAAAAAACUUUUAACCUCAGCCAGAAAAAACUGAAAAUAGCAAGAAAAAGAAGUGUAGAUCCGUUCAUCAUCAACGAUUACUUCACCCUGCUAAAAUCUAUCAUACAAGGUGUUCCUCCAUCAAGAAUUUAUAACAUCAAUGAAACAAGUUUUUGUCUGGAUCCAAGCAAAAUUAAAGUUGUUGGCCAAAAAGGUACGGCUGCUCAUAGGGCAACAGGUGGAUCUGGAAAAGAAAACGUGUUAAUGGGUGGGAAAAUUGCCUCCUCAUAUUGUAUUUAAAGGUAAAAAUGUCUGGGUUACAUGGCUUGCGAAAAAGGACGAGGAAUAUCCAGGCUUAACUUAUUCUGUUACAAAAAAUGGGUGGAUGGAAGCAGAAACCUUCGAAAAUUAUUUUAAAAGAACUUUCUUAAAACCAUCCCACCCGAAAGAUCAGUUAUUCUCAUAUUUGAUGGGCAUAGUUCCCAUGUUGCACUUUCACUGAUCGAAAAGGCAAAGACAGAAGACAUGUCAUUCUAAAACUUUCUCCCCACUCAAGCCAUAUACUCCAGCCGAUGGACCUCAGUAUCUUCCGGCCCCUAAAAAUAAAAUGGGACGAAGAGUUCGUAAAAUGGCAACCGAAGCACUACGGCUCUAAACUUCCAAAAACGGUUUUUGUAGCUAUUCUAUCCAAAAUUUAGAAAAAUCUGGAUCCCACGUUGAUUGAACAUGGAUUUAAGAAAGCAGGAAUCCAUCCGUUUUGCGACACUGUUGUACCUAUUGAGAGCUACGAGCCAAAAGCUUACAAACGCUGGUGAGAAACUGAGGCAGGUGAAGAACCACAGAUAGCUGCGACACCUACAACAACCGCUAAUACAAACGAAAAUUUAGCAAUACUGUUGACAUCCGCGGAACCGUCCACAUCUACGGAAUCGUCUACAUUCACGGAAAGUGAACCCCAGCAACUUCAAUCUUUCAGAAAAAAUCUUUCGAAGAACUACUGUUCGAACAAAUUAAGCAAGCACCAAAAGUUUCUACAAGCAGAAGGAAAAUCUGCAGAGUGCUGAAGUAAUCACUUCCGAAGAAGGUACAGCUAAGCUAGAGGAAGUACAAAACGAAAAAUUAAACAAGAAACCAACAAAGAAUAAGAAAAAAGAAACCAUAGACAGUAGCAGCGAUGAUGAGAACUUACAAGACUUGAAAAAAAGACACGAGGAAGAAAAAUACUACAGAAAGAAUAUAAUGGAAAAAUAUAGUUUUGGUGAUUUUCAAAGUACUUCCUCUGAUAAUUGUGAAGACGAAAUAGAAGAGAUGAAUCAGGAAAUCGACUAGUUAAAUCAAAUGCAGUUGGACUUAUCAAAACUAGAUGUUGGUGACUGGAUUGUGGUCAAAUUAAGGCAGGAGAAAGCCGUAAAAAUGAAUGUGGGACAGCUGACAGAGAAAGAAUCAUGCCUGGAGGCAAAUUUUUCUCACAGAUUUGGUAAGACGUCGAGCUUUUACUGGCCUAUUGUUGAGGACAAAAGCAUCAUAGAAAAAGAUGAAAUCUAUAUACAUUUACCCACGCCAUCUAUAACUGAAAGGGACAAAAUAAUAUUUCGUGUAAAUUUUGAUAGCUAUAACAUAGGCUUAAUUUGUUAUAUAUAUUUUUUUUAAAUAAAGGAUUUUUCUUACGCACAUGAAACUUAUUUUUUACACUUUCGCCAUCAAAAUGAAAUACACUCUUAAUAGAAAAAUAAGCCGAAGGUUCCAGUUUCCCCAUGUACGUGGGCAAGUGGAACUUGUGCAGUGUCAAAAUAAAAAAAAAAUAGGAAAAAAGAGUUGGUCCGUUAGGUGAAAUAUCCUUUUAAAAAUGUACUUUAACUAAGCGUAAUUAAUAUUAUGCAGAUGUAAUGGCACAUUAAAAAAAAAUCAGUUUAAAGUUGCAGUUUAAAAAUUUGCAGUUCCACGUACCGCAGUUUACCUUAUAUUGAUUCGAAAUAAAUGGACACAAUUGCAGUAAUAAAAUCAUGGCUGGUCAAGUCAAGGGAAAGAAUAACAAAUAUAAAUAAAAAGAAGGCAAACAAUAAAUAAAUAACCCUUUCGUGUUUAAAAAAUUAAUGUUUUGGGCCACCUUGGUGGUGACACCAAGGUAUGGUAACUGCACACUAAGCGUUUCUGGCCGUACUCUGUAUGAAAUAAUCCUAUUGCGUUGGUAUCACCACCGUGGUGGCCCACGGUGGUCCAAUAUGCAAAGACACUAAUUUAUAGAUUGGUAUCUCGUUAAAUAUAAGCUUAGAGAAACAGACAUUUAUUUUAAAUAAUCUGAGCUUUUUAAUGUUAGCCUUAAUUUUGUGUAUAACGUUUCGUCGUUAAAGGAACCAUCACUUCGUUUUUUUUUUAAUGAGGAGCAGAAUUUUUUUCAUCAGAUCACUAAGAGGUGAUAUAUGUCUUAUUUAAAAUUAAGAUAACAUUCUUUUAAUAUACGCUAGAAUACCACAAAUUAUGCUUUGCAGAAUAUUCUAAGAACAUUCUGGACAUCUACCGAGCAUGCUCUCUAGCAUAUUCUAUGCACAUACUGACG